AUGACUGCAAGUGGGCUGGUUCCGAAAAUCAUACCGAUGUACGACGGGCAAGAAUUAAAAAUCAAUCAAAAGUUAGUAAUGGAUGGUCUAUCGACAAUAUCGAUACGAAAUAUGCACAAAAUCAAUAACAAAAGCGCUAUUACGGUAAAAUACAUAAUUUAUUUUUGAAACUAUACCUAUAUUAGAUAAAACAAUUCGUGUUUAUUUUUUUUUUUCGAUUUCAUGUAAAAUUUAUCGGGGGACUAAUAGAAAGAGCCAUCGGUCGACUACCUCAAUGUCUAAAUAACUCAUUUUAGAAACGAAAACUAAAAUUAUACUUGAUUUUAAUUGUGUCUUACUUUCAAAAUGAGGCCGUAAAUAUUUAUUUAAAAUUUUGAUAGUAUUAUAUAAUAUAUUCAGUUAGGUGUUCAAAGAUGCUAUUGACAUUAUUGAUUACACUAGUAGGUGAUUCCAGUGCUCGGGAAAUUUCUUUUAAGAGGAAUUCCUCUUAGUUCACGUUAGCGUUCAUCUUGUUAAAAUUUAACUAGUUUCAAGCUCGAUCAACGAUUUAAGAAAAUAACUAAAUUUUUUGCUCGUUCCUAACAUAGAAACAUAUUCGGCCCUUAAAUAAACACAUAAAUUAUUAAUUAAACACACUAUAAAUACGAGUAUUUAAACCUAUAUAUUUUUUUUUUGUACAUUUUAAUGUAAUAUCGAUUUUAUAACUAACCUGACCCGUAAAUUAACUUUAUAAAGACAGGAAUUUUAUUAAUAAAUGUUUAAAAAAUGGUGUUUAAGGUUUACUUAAUAUUAUUAGUAUUGGAGGAUUUAAUUAAGCGAGUACACUCAUUAUCUAGAGAAGUAUUAACUUUUUUCAAAAUUGUUUUUUUUUUUAAUAAUUUUAGAAACAGGGGUAAGUAGUUGUUGUAAGUAAAUUGUUGCGAAACCAUUAUUUCUUUACCCUUAUUUUUGGAAUGAAACGACUAUUCAAUUUUUAUUUUUAAAUGGCAAUCUAUGUGAAAAAUGUAUAAAUAGAUGAAGUUUUAUUUUACAUCACUUUGGUGUUGAAUUUUUGAUUUCUGUAAACCUGUUGAUGAGAUAUUUCACAUAAGUUUGGAUAGGGGAAAAGUAAGUUAGUCUAACAGAAAAAAAUCGUCUAUGUUUCUCAUGUUUCAUGUUUAUGUUUCCUAAAUGAUAAACGAAAUUUUAAUAAAUUCUUUUACAGAUCUGUUCCAUGGAAAUUCUCAAAGUGAAAGUUACUAUGAAUAACUUAUUUGUUUUUAAUUUCAUAAUAUACAGAGUGAUUAUUUUUAUCAAGAACCAGCAAUUAUCUCAGAGAAUUUUAUUGUAUUUGCUUUCUGUUUUUUCUAAUCAAUAUGAAAUCGUUUAAGCUUUAUUAUAAAACGAUUCUUAAUUUUUUACUUCUACUCCAUAUACCUUAAAUAAGUGCAUACUAAAUCCGUGUUUAAAAGGGAAGGUAUGCUAUUUGAAAAUCAAAAGUAUCUAAUUUUGUUGAGGUCUAUUGUAUUUCCUAAUAAUUUAAAUAUUCCAUAACUUACGUAAAAAUNAGUUUGAAUCUCAAAAAUGAUUUAUUUUUAUUUAAUUCAUAAUAGUUAAAUAGUGAAUUGUAAAUUUUAAUUAAUAAUUUUUACAUCGGCAGAGUAUCAAUAAUAUAUUAUUACAUUUUUAUCAUUUUCUAAUAUGUUUUUUUCAUAAUAAAAUAAUUAAAUAAUUACCUACUUACCAAUUUCAAUUUUUUUUUUUAAUAACGAAAAACUAGUUUAUGCAGGCAUUUCAGGGGUUCCAAAUCAAUACAUUCGCAACCCCUUACCACUUCCCCCAAUACACCACUGUGUAUGUACAUGAAUUUGGUCAUGGUGAGUGGGAUUAAAAUAUACCUACUUAGGCACACUAUGUUGAAAAGUAGUAAAUCCGUGUAAACUCCUUGUUGCAAUAUUAUAUUAUUAAAAUGUUUAUUUAAUGCAUAUCUGACAAACGAUUUUUGAAUACAGAAAAGAAAUUCGUUCUUUAACCUUCAUCGUCCUGAGUUAAAAGGUUUGAACAUAUUAGCUAACGUCACAAAAAGCCAAAAAGAAAAUAAGCUACAAAAGCGUAUUUUAAAAGAAGUAAAGACACUCGACAAUAUGAACUCAAAGUAACGAAUAUUUUGAACAUUUGGAAUAAAUUAUAGUAUUUUUUUUUUUUAAGAGGGCAUGCUAUUUGACAGAAAAGUAUUUUACAUAAACAACAUGAUUAAGGAAUCAAGAUGUUCAUCAUAAAAAAGUGCAACUUUACCUACAAAUAAAAAAAAAAGUCAUCUUAGUCAAAUCAGAUAAUUAUGUUUUUAAAUAUCAAAAAUAACUAUAUCCGAAGUAAUGAUAUAGAAUAACCAAAACUGAUGUUGCAUAGUGCAGGUUCUCUUUUUUAUGUUGAAAAUUUGGUUCUUUGAUGAAUCUAUAGCUCGAGAAUUUUUUGUCCGCGCGAAACACAAUUUUUUUGCGUACAUUUUUAUUAAUUUUAUGGUUAUACAAUACAUAUUUGUGAUAAUGACAUGGAGCUAUAAGAUGAUAUAUUUGAAUUUACAUAUUUUUGAAUUGAUAGAAUUAUAUAUUUUUAAAAAUAUCAAGGAAAUCUUAUACGCAGCCCCGUAAAUAGGGAGGUAGCAAGUUCUCUUAAAUUUAAAAUCAAUAUAGUUAUACAACCAUAUUAUUAUGUUGUUUUUUUGUAUUAUAGGAGAUUACUUCAUAAACACGAUCUACCUCAAUGUUUAACACCGAAGAUUCAAUCAAAAUCUAGUUACAAAAAAGGUAAUUUGAAAUAAUUAUAAAUCUUAUUGAAUAAAAUAUACUAGUUUUUCUUUAUAUUUUGUUGAUCAAAUAAAAAUAUGUACCGAAUAGAAUGUUUUAUUUAAAUGGUUACGUUCGUGAUCUCGGAAAGUAUAAUCUUUUUACAGAAUUUGUUUUUAGAACAUUUUUGAAAGCAGCUUUACAAAUUUACAUUUAUGUUAUUUUUUAUCAACUUUAUUGUUGGGGGUGAAACCACUACCUAAUUUUGAUUUUUAAAUGACAACCAAUGGUAAAAUUUACAAAAAUAGAUGGAAUAUUUCUUGAAAUACAUAUUGGCGUUGAAAUGUUUGAUUCUUAACAAUUCGUUGAGAAAUUCCACUUUUAAGUUUGUGUCGGGCAAGAGUAGUGGAGCAUCAUUUGUGUGGUGGCACUGUGUGCUGCGCUGUGUUUCAAUAAUGCAUCACUAUUAUUCUCCAUCGAAAAUAAAUUAUAGUUUCUACACCCAAAAAUAAGGGUGGCAAAAAAUAGCAUGAAUGUAAAAUUGUCGAGCUGCUUAAUUCAUAAAUUUUCUAAAAAUUCCAAAAAAUGUUAAUACUUUCCGAGAUAAUGAGUGUCCUACGAUAGAUAACAAGGUGGAGUUUUUAUUUUUGCGUCUUUCUUUUUUUCUUUGGAUUAUAUUUAGGUACUAACUAUUAGGUUGCGGUCACACGAAGAUAUUUAAACGUGAUAGUUGCUUUAGCGAAAAUUUAUUAACACUCUUUAUGUAUUAACAUCAGAAUUCUAGAUUUGAUAGCAUGCGUGAUAAUUAUACAGUACAGCAUUAACAUAUAUAUAUAUUAUUAUUAAAAAGAUAACACAUAGUUCGCAUGCAUGGGCCACUGUUAUAGGUAAGAAGGUGGGAAGAAAGGAUAUGGGUAGUGUUGGGAAUAGAUAAUGCAAAAUUUAUCAAGAUAAUGAUAUAGGAUAAUUACAUUUUUAUCUAGAUAAAAAUACAGAUAUUUUAAAAAAAUGUUAUUUGCUUAUAUUUCAUAUAUGCUGAUGUAUUAUUAUUAAUUUUUUUUUUGUGGAUAGAGAAUUAGUGGAAACACCUAAGGUAGGUGUAAAAAAAUGCUUCAUAAUAGAAUUAUGAUUAAUAAUUAUAAUAUAUUAUAUAGGUAUUUUGAAAAAAAAGACGUCCUAAUGGUGCAGCCAUUGUUAUAGGUAUUUCAAUGUAUACCUUUGAGCAACGAUUAACCAUUGCUAAAGAAAAAUAUAGAUAGUGAUGCUUUGCCAAUAAUAUAUAUAUAUGUCAUAUUAUAGAAAAUUAAUUAAAAAGGCGUUAUACAUUAUCUUGAAUAAUAAUUGUUAAAGGUAUCGAUUUACCAUGUUUUUUUCGUGGUUUUUCACAUUCGUUGGGAAAAUAUUGUCAAAAAUCGAAAAAUGACUUCUCUAAAAUACAAUGGAUGCAGCCACUGUUGUUGGUGAUAAGUUGGGAAGGUUAAGUUAUAGAGGGAAAAUUAAUUUGGAUCUGUAGGCAACAAUAAACCAUUGCUUACUAAAUACGAUUCUGUGCGGAGUUCAGUAGAUAGCGAUGCUUUGUUAACAAUAUUUAAUAUACCAUAUUAUGGUUAAAUAUUUAGACAAGAUCAUUCAGUACGGUUUUGAAACAUUGAUAGAUAGCGUUACAGUCCAAUAGUGGUAUGGCUGUUUUUAGCAAACUGCGUAAUCUAAUAUUUUCUAACCAAUUAUCCUAAAUCUCAAUUUUAAAAUUUUGUGGGAUUAUUGUUUUUUGACAAUUAUGAAGAUAAGUAAACAUAUUUUAUGGAAAAAAAAAAAAAAAAAUACAAAAUGCAACUCAACUUUUCUUGCUGACCACUAAGAAGUUCUCCAAUUAAUGAAUAUUUAACAUUUGUGUUUGGUGGAAUAAGUUUAUCUCCUAGAGUACUAGAGUAAAAUGUUUAUUAAUAGCUCAAAAAUGUUUAAUAUAAGGCUAAUAUAAGUUUUCUAUCCAAAUUUCAAGUCUCUAGGGACACGUCUAACUGAAUCAUAACAAAAAAAAAAAAAACUGAAAAUAAUAAAAGCAUUGUUUUCCCGUUUUUCAUACGUUAUUUUUUCCCACGUAUUAUAAAAACUGCUAGGCAAAUCAGUAAAUGAUACUCCCUAAAGUACCAACUAGACAAAAUUUACUUUUUGUAAAGAUUUCUGAUAGGAAUAUUGUACACAGCAUAAAUAAAAGCCGCUCACAAUUUUAAAAACAUGGUAAAAGUAUUUAAUUCUUCGCUUCACUAAGAAUUUAAAAUUUAAUAUGAAACAGCUAGGUAUCAUUAUUUGUGUUAAUUUUGUAUAAUGUAAUUUUAAUAUUUCAUAACUAAAAGAGUGUAGCUUUAUUUUCCUUUAACAUGAAACAUAUUAAGGAUAUUGUCCGGACCAUGGUAAUACUUAAUUGUGAUAAUAACCAUCAUUAUCCAGAUAAAACUAAAACUAUCAUGCAGGUAUCAUGCGGUACCUAGUUAUAGGUAUAAAAAGUAAUUUCUUUAUCAUCGAUGCCGUUAGUUUGGUAGUAAUUUUUAUAUUGUUUACGUGGUGACGGUAUAGAACAACUUGCAUGUGAAUGACUAUCAUAUUAUUAGCGACUAUCACGCGUAUAUUUAUCAUCAUCUGAUCACGGUGGUGUAAUAAUCAUUUGAAUGAAUACCUGUUUAUAUUUAAUAGUCAAAUCAGAUUCGGCACAAUCGAUGGGAAAUAGUUUUUCUAAAAGAUCCAGUUUGGUAGUCAAGACAAAAAUGCCGAUAAGAUAUGAUUGCCUGCAAAAAAUGCGGAUGGACAGUAAUAAUUAUGGUAAGCUAUAAUAGAUUAAUUAAUAGGCCGUAUAAAGUAUAGUAAGUUGUUUCUUGCCGUGUGUUUUUAUUUCACAGAUAUGGAACUUGAAGUGUCGUCAUCAGCGUCAAAAGAAGAUAAAUCUAGCUGUGUGUAUGACGUGGAAAUAAAAUCUACACUUAUCAAUUGA